AUGGCAGUUCCAAGGGUUGAAAGCAUUUAUAAAACCAAGUUGAUGAAUGAGCAAGCUCGUCAACUCGUCAAAUCAAUGUGCACUGGAGUUGUCUGGACAUUCGACAAUGCCUCAGAUACACUAAAGCCGCCGAUUUUGAAAGCUGCAAGUUUGGGGAUUCGAGAGAUAGUCGAAGAAAUUUUACAAGUAUACUCAUCUUCAUCAAUGUUCUAUGACGAUAACAAUUAUAAUAUUUUUCAGCUUGCAGUUUUACAUCGCCGAGAAAAAGUUUUCAAUUUGAUCUACAAAAGGGGUCUAUCCCAAAAAUGGGUUGCAAGUUAUCCAUGCAAGAACAAAGAAAACAUAGUUCAUUUAGCUGGUAGGUGCAUACCUUCAACGCAUAUUAAUGGUGCCGCUUUGCAAAUGCAGUGGGAGAUGCAUUGGUUCAAGGCAGUAGAAAGUUUCGUCCAUCCAUCACUCUCGGAAGAACAAAACUCUGGGAAAAAAACUCCAAGAGAAGUGUUUGAUGAUGAACAUAAGGAUUUGGUGAAGGAAGGGGAGAAAUGGUUGAGGGACACUGCCACAUCAUGUAUGGUUGUGGAUGCACUAAUCAUCGCUAUGGUGUUCGCAGCAAUAAUUGCUGUACCAGGAAACAACGAGAAGGGAAUACCAAACUUAAGGCAUGAAACUAUCUUCAAAGUCUUUUUCAUGGCAGAUGCUGCUGCACUCUUUUCUUCUUCUUUUUCAUUAUUGUUGUUCGUGCGAAUCCUGACUUCACGAUAUGCCAAAGAAGAUUUUCUUGAAGCCUUGCCAAAGAGGUUACUUUUGGGUCUUGUGACCUUAAUUUUUUCCAUAGCGGCCAUGUUGGUAGCCUCCAGUUCAGCCUUGAUUAUGCUCAUAGAUGCAGUACCUGGUCCUAAGGUGAUGCUUAGAAGUUCGACUAUCAUUCCAAUGACUAUAAUGGCUGCUCUUCCAAUUGUCUUCUUUAUAUGGUCACAAUCUCAUCUCCUCAUCGAGGUCUUUAUGUCGACUUAUUGGCCUACUAUUCGUUACUAA